AUGGAUUUUGUCUUCCCUAAUAAACGACUGACUAUGUGACGUGUUGGAUAGGGUUUCAUCAAACGCGAAAUGUUUAAUAAUAAUAGAUGGUUCCCCGCUCAAAAAUGGGCCGUGAUCGUUGUGUUUUUUUGUAUGCUGCUUUCCAUGCCGGCUUUUACUCCAGGUCAUGGGCACAGUCAUGACAAUCCGAGUUUUAAGUACUCUCGUGAAGCAAAUGAAGGUGUGGAAAUCCACGAGCCUCACUUAAAUACUCUACCUUUUAAAAAGGGACCAUCGAUAGAUGUAGGAAACGUGUGGAUUUAUUCGAUGGCAUCAACUUUAGUUAUAAGUGCUGCGCCAUUUUUGAUUUUAUUCGUGAUACCGUUGGAUAACAGCGAUGCUAUGAGGCCACGACUUAAAAUAAUUUUGGCGUUUGCCUCUGGCGGCCUUCUUGGCGAUGCUUUCCUUCAUCUAAUUCCCCACGCGACACAUCCUCAUCAUUCUCACGAAUGUGGUCACGCCCAUGAACAUGGUCACUCUCAUGAGCAUAGCCAUGAACAUGGUCACUCUCAUGAGCAUAGCCAUGACAUUACUACAGGACUAUGGGUACUCGGGGGAAUUAUUGUUUUUUUAACUGUGGAAAAACUGGUUAGGCUCAUUAAAGGCGAGAACGGUCAUUGCCAUGGUAAGUCAGAAACGAAGACGCAAGGCGAUAUUGAGAGAUUUGAAAUAUCUGGUUAUUUAAACCUGGCUGCCGAUUUUGCACACAAUUUUACGGAUGGACUUGCCAUAGGCGCAUCAUAUUUGGCUGGUAAUGACAUUGGUUUUAUCACUACCCUAACAAUAUUGCUGCAUGAAGUUCCUCACGAAAUUGGUGAUUAUGCUAUUCUUAUUAAAUCUGGGUGUUCCAGAAAAAAAGCGAUGUGUCUUCAACUUGUUACAGCAUUAGGCGCUUUAACAGGAAAUAUAUUAGCAUUAAUUGGUAUUGGAAAUGAAUCUGAUUCAGCUCCGUGGGUGCUUCCAUUUACUGCUGGUGGCUUUAUUUAUAUUGCAGCAGUAAGUGUUCUUCCGGAGUUGCUUGAAGAAUCCACCAAGCUAUGGCAGUCAAUCAAGGAAAUAACUGCAUUAUUGCUGGGUGUAGGUAUUAUGGUUUUUAUAGCAAAAUAUGAAUAAAAUGUUUCUAUGUAUUUGAAGGAA